AAAGUGAUUGAUCGAUGCUCUGCGCGUAUGCGGAACCUCAGAAGGGGAAGACUUUGAGCGGGGCACACUCGUGUAAAGAUGGCAGACGUACCAGAUGAUGCACCUGAGCACUGCCCGGGUACCGAAAGUGAGGCAGCAGGAAAGUCAUCGUCAUGUCAGGGCUGUCCCAACCAGAAGAUAUGUGCUUCUGGAGCCACCACGGCCCCCGAUCCCGCCAUAGCAGAGAUAGGAGUGAAGAUGUCAACAGUCAAACACAAGAUCCUCGUGCUGUCUGGAAAAGGAGGGGUGGGGAAGAGCACCUUCAGCGCUCACCUGGCUCACGCUCUGGCAGGUGACAGCACGAAGGAGGUCGCCCUGCUGGAUGUGGACAUCUGCGGUCCAUCCAUUCCCAGGAUCAUGGGCGUCGAGGGGGAACAGGUCCACCAGAGUGGCUCGGGCUGGUCUCCUGUGUAUGUGGAAGACAACCUGGCAGUCAUGUCUAUUGGCUUCCUGCUCAGUAGCCCCGAUGACGCUGUGAUCUGGAGAGGACCCAAGAAGAAUGGGAUGAUCAAGCAGUUUUUGAGGGACGUCGACUGGGGGGAGCUGGAUUACCUCGUCGUGGACACGCCCCCUGGCACCUCUGACGAACACCUGUCGCUCGUCCAGUACCUGAGCGCCACCCACGUUGAUGGAGCCGUCAUCGUCACCACGCCACAGGAGGUAGCGCUGCAGGACGUGCGGAAGGAGAUCCGCUUCUGUCAGAAGGUCAAGCUGCCGAUCAUCGGGGUGGUGGAGAACAUGAGCGGCUUCGUCUGUCCCAAGUGCAAGAACACGUCGCAGAUCUUCCCUCCCACCAGCGGGGGCGCGGAGCGGAUGUGUGCGGAUCUGGACCUCCGCCUGUUGGGGAAGGUGCCUCUGGACCCGAGGAUAGCGCGGAGCUGCGACGAGGGCAAGUCUUUCCUCACCGAAGUCCCCGACUCUCCCGCUGCCAAGGUCUACCAGAGCAUCGUGCAGAGUAUUCAGGACUACUGCUCCAACCGUGCGAAGGAGGAGCAGAGCAACACCUGAAGCCGCUCCGAAGGCGGCCAUGUUGGACCAGAACACCGAGAGAGCGCAUGUGGGGGGACGGAUUGACUACUGGAAAAGUAAACGCCGUUAAUAAUGCAACAUCCACCGAAGCCUGUCGGGAUUCUUAUGACAUCAUAAGGCAGCUGCUUGAGGACCACUUUAGUGAGCUGCAGUGGUUUGUUCUGCAGCGGCUUUCCGAUACAACUUUCCCAGAAAAAGUAUCCAGGAUUUAAAAAAAUUAUACAAUAAAAUGGGAAAAUAAGCACUAUUUGAUGAAUUGAAUAUUUAGAAACAAUUGCAGCGUUAUAAUGAUUGGUUGUAUUAUCCACAUUUGUACUUGAACCUAAUUUUGAACAUGAAAAAAAGAAUGAAAACAUAACCUCAAACCACCGCUCUGGAGGGUACUCUGUAUAUAAAAUUUUUUAUACUUGAGCUGAGAUAAAUACACUUUAAAAGUAUAAUUUAUAUGAGGCAAUUUGAAAUGUUUAUCAUAGAGGAUAAAAUUGUUGAUAUUGUCUUAUAAUUACAAUUAAAAGUAGAAAAUGAAA